ACUUCUAUUAGUAUUUACAAAAAGGGUUUCAGUUGUUACUCCGCAGAUCAUUACUUGUUGAGAAGAAGGCUAAUAUUCCAAAAUACGAAACUCUCCUACGUGAGAACAUGGAGGAACGGUGGUUAAUUCUUUGCGUAAGUACACUACUCUUCACGGUUGUUAAUGGAGCGGAGAUUUUUCAAGAGUGGCAUGUUGCGAUUAACACAAACAUCAACCCUGUAUCACGAGAUCAACCGGUUAUUACCAUCAACGAUAUGUUUCCUGGACCGCUUAUCAAUGCAACGACCAACGAUAAUAUUCAUGUCAAUGUUUACAAUGUCAUGGAUGAGCCAUUGCUCAUGACUUGGAAUGGUAUUCAACAAAGACUGAAUUCUUGGCAAGACGGAGUUUCGGGUACAAAUUGUCCGAUCCAGCCCGGUAAAAAUUGGACUUAUGUUUUCCAAGUGAAGGACCAAAUUGGUAGCUUCUUCUACUCCCCUUCAAUAAAUUUCCAACGGGCUGGCGGUGGCUUUGGCCCACUACGAGUUAACAAUCGGAUUGUCAUUAAAGUUCCAUUUCCCCAGCCUGAAGCAGAGUUUGAUUUUCUUAUUGGCGAUUGGUAUCAACAGAGUUAUAAGGAUGUUAGGAAAGUUGCAUACCAUAUACAGCCUCAUUUGAUGCUGAUGAAUGGGAAAGGCUCAUUCUUGGACCCACUUGCAAAAGCCCAUGAAAACUUCACCGUAUCGCAAGGAAAAACGUACCGUUUUAGGGUUUCGAACAUCGGCAAUGUAUGGAGCAUGAAUUUCAGGAUUCAGAAUCAUAAAAUGGUAGUUGUUGAGACGGAAGGAUCAUACACCAAUCAGAUCACAGAAGAUUCUCUUGAUAUUCAUGUGGGCCAGUCCUACUCUGUCCUCGUCACAGCAGAUCAAAACCCAGCUGAUUAUUAUAUAGUGGCCAGCCCUAAAUGGGUUAAUUUGAUUAAUCAAACAUCUAUUUCUGCUGUUGGGAUCUUACAUUACGAAAACUCCAACAAGCCUGCUAACGGGCCGUUACCAGUUGGGCCUGAUCCAUUUGAUCUUUAUUUCUCCAUCGAUCAAGCUAAAUCCAUCAGAUGGAACUUGACGACAGGUGCUGCGAGGCCGAACCCACAAGGGUCCUUCAAUGUAUCGAACGUUACUCCAUCAGAGACAUUUGUUCUUCGUGAAUCAUUUGCUAAAAUAGAUGGAAUUCCUCGUUUCACUGUCAACAAUGUGUCCUAUGAUACUCCAACAACUCCAUUGAAAUUGGCUGAUUACUACAAUAAUGGCACCGAUGUUUACAAACUCGAUGCCUUUCCUAUUCACUCUAGCCUUAAAGCACCGGUUCGUGGAACAUUUGUUGUAACGGGGGCCCACAAGAAUUGGCUGGAGAUUGUGUUAGAGAAUGAUUUGAAUUCCAUUGACUCUUGGCAUUUGGAUGGAUUUGGAUUUUUCGUUGUUGGGUAUGGAAUAGGAGAAUGGACACCGGCAUUGCGUUCUACGUACAACGUUUAUGAUCCAGUUGUUCGCUCCACUGUUCAGGUGUACCCAGGAGGAUGGAGUGCAGUUUAUGUCUACCUAGACAACCCUGGAAUGUGGAAUUUAAGGUCACAAAAUCUAAAGCAUUGGUAUUUAGGACAAGAACUGUAUGUUAGAGUUUAUGAUCCUGAUCCCAAUCCUCAAAAAGAGAGAUCACCCCCAGAAAAUCUCAUGUUUUGUGGUUAG